AUGUCUCUUAAAAUUGAAGAUAUCGAUACUAAGUUAGACGAACUUGCUAGUGAUAAGGUUAAGUUUCUUUUGGAACAAACUGGUAGCAUUGAUACUGCUUAUGAUCAAAACACUGAACAAAGCAAAGCAUUCUCUUUUGGUGGAGCAAUUGAGACUCCGGCUAUGACCAAUAUAGGACAGGAGAUAGCGACAAAAUGUGCUGGUUUACCACUUGCAGCAAAUUUUCUAGGAAGUCUCAUGCGCUUGAAGAAAACCGAGCUUGAAUGGUUGUCAAUUAGAGACAAUGAUAUUCUGAAUACACCAGAAAAUCAAAACAAAACCAAUCUUAUAUUGAAAUUGAGCUUUGAUAAUUUACCCUCCCAUUUAAAACAGUGCUUUUCAUAUUGUUGUGUGUUUCCCAAGGGUUGGGAGAUCAAGAGAGAAACUUUAAUCCAAUUAUGGAUGGCUGAAGGUUUUAUUCAGCCAUCUCAUAGGGACUGUAAAAGAUCCAUUGAAGAUAUUGGAAAUGAUUAUUUCCAAAAUUUGUUGUCUAGUUCCUUCUUUCAAGACGUAGAAAAGGAUAAAUUAGGCGAUAUUUAA